CUUCUCCUCUGCUCUCUAGCCGUGUGCCUGCGUACAGACGGACCUACCGACCGCGUAAAUACGCUUUUAUCUCUCAAUAGACGGACAAUAAGGACACAGAUGUCUCCACUAUUCACUUUAGGAGCGUUUCCGCACUGAACUGAAUUACCGGUACAUUCAUCACGCCUUCGUUUUCUCACCAUUUUAAAUGAAAAAAAUGACAUUGGCGUGGAAUUGUGGUGGACGGUUUUACUUGAAAGUGUGGACGUGCUUUUUCAGCCUUGCAGUGCUCAGGACUCUCUCUAUACCUGCUAAUGAAGUAAACUUACUGGACUCUCGCUCUGUCAUGGGGGACCUUGGGUGGAUAGCCUACCCAAAGAAUGGGUGGGAGGAGAUAGGUGAGGUAGAUGAGAACUAUGCUCCGAUCCACACGUACCAGGUGUGUAAAGUGAUGGAACACAACCAGAACAAUUGGCUCCAGACCAACCUCAUCCUCAACGAGGGGGCUCAGAGGGUGUUCGUGGAGCUACAGUUCACCCUGAGGGACUGUAACAGCCUUCCGGGUGGCGUGGGUACCUGCAAGGAGACCUUCAACAUGUACUACUAUGAGUCUAACGAUGAGGAGGGGAGGAACCUCAGGGAGAGCCAGUACUCUAAGGUAGACACCAUCGCUGCUGACGAGAGCUUUACGGAGUUAGACCUGGGAGACAGAGUGAUGAAGCUGAAUACAGAGGUUAGGGAUCUGGGACCGUUGACGAAGAAGGGGUUCUACCUGGCGUUUCAAGACCUGGGAGCCUGUAUAGCGCUGGUUUCUGUCAGGGUGUUCUAUAAGAAGUGUCCCUUCAUAGUGAGGAACCUAGCUCAGUUCCAGGACACUAUUACAGGUUCGGACUCCUCCCAGCUGCUGGAGGUGGCAGGAAACUGUGUCAACAACUCGGUGGCGGAGGACCUACCUAGGAUGCACUGCAGCGCAGAGGGGGAGUGGCUAGUGCCCAUCGGGAAGUGUGUGUGCCAGGCGGGGUUUGAGGAAGUGAAUGACAGUUGUCAAGUCUGCAGAGCGGGAUUCUUCCGAUCGGUGCUGCAGACCCCUGCCUGCAGUAAAUGUCCUCCUCACAGCUUCACCAGAGUCCAGGGUUCCGUAGGUUGUACCUGUGAGGAAGGAUACUAUAGGAGAGACAGUGACCCGCCCAACAUGGCCUGUACACGACCACCUUCUGCUCCUCGUAAUGCCAUUUCCAAUGUAAACGAGACGUCGGUCUUCCUGGAAUGGGCGGUUCCCGAGGAGACUGGCGGCAGGAAGGAUGUCAGCUAUAACAUCCUGUGUCGUAAGAUCAGCGUUGACAGCAGACACUAUGAGGAGUGUGAGAGCACGGUGCGGUUCCUGCCCCAACGCAACAGUCUCAGGAACAACUCUGUGAUGGUGGCAGACCUUCUGGCUCACACUAACUACACGUUCGAAGUGGAGGCCGUCAAUGGAGUGUCUGAGCUCACCAACCCCGGACGACAGUUUGUCUCUCUCAACGUCACCACCAACCAGGCAGCCCCGUCUCCUGUGAGUGUGGUGCGGAAAGGGAAUUCUGGGAAGAACAGUAUCUCUGUGUUGUGGCAGGAGCCAGACAGACCCAACGGGAUAAUCCUGGAGUACGAGAUCAAAUACUUUGAGAAGGACCAGGAAACCAGCUACACCAUCAUCAAGUGCAAGGAAACAGAAAUCGUAGCUGACGGGCUGAAGCCAUCAUCAGUCUACAUAUUCCAGAUCAGAGCCAGAACAUCAGCCGGGUACGGAGGAUUCAGCCGACGCUUCGAGUUUGAGACCAGCCCCUACUUAGCUGCAUCCAGUGACCGGUCUCAGUUCCCCAUCGUCGCUGUGGUCAUCACUGUAGGGGUUAUUCUACUGGCCCUGGUGACUGGCUUACUGCUUAGUGGAAGGCGGUGUGGCUACAGCAAGGCCAAGCAGGAACCUGAUGAAGAGAAGAUACACUUCCACAACGGCCACAUUAUGUACCCGGGGGUGCGUACGUAUAUAGACCCCCACACCUACGAGGACCCCAACCAGGCCGUCCAUGAGUUCGCCAAGGAGAUCGAUGUUUCCUGCAUCACCAUUGAGAGAGUCAUUGGAGCUGGUGAGUUCGGGGAGGUGUGCAGCGGACCCCUCCGUCUGCCUGGUAAGAAGGAGUUCCCAGUAGCCAUUAAGACCCUGAAGGCAGGUUACACAGAACGACAAAGGCGGGACUUCCUAGGGGAGGCGUCCAUCAUGGGACAGUUUGAUCAUCCAAACAUCAUCCACCUGGAAGGCGUGGUCACCAAGACAAAACCUGUGAUGAUCAUCACGGAGUACAUGGAGAAUGGAUCACUGGACACCUUCCUCAAGAAGAACGAUGGCCACUUCACAGUGAUCCAGCUGGUUGGGAUGCUGCGUGGUAUGGCGUCAGGCAUGCGCUACCUGUGUGACAUUGGAUACGUGCACCGGGACCUGGCGGCGCGUAACAUCCUGGUCAACAGCAACCUGGUGUGUAAGGUGUCUGACUUUGGCCUGUCCAGAGUCCUGGAGGAUGAUGCUGAGGCUGCCUAUACGACCAGGGGCGGUAAAAUCCCUAUCCGCUGGACAGCUCCAGAAGCGAUAGCAUUCAGGAAGUUCACCUCCGCCUCUGACGUGUGGAGCUACGGAAUCUCCAUGUGGGAAGUGAUGUCAUACGGAGAGAGACCCUACUGGGAGAUGAGUAACCAGGAUGUUAUUAAGGCAGUUGAGGAGAGCUACCGUCUUCCUGGCCCUAUGGACUGUCCUGUAGUUCUGUACCACCUGAUGAUGGCCUGCUGGCAGAAGGACAGGAACAGCAGACCCAAGUUUGAGGAGAUCGUCUGUCUGCUAGACAAACUGAUACGCAACCCCAGCAGUCUCAAAGCCCUGGUCAACUCAUCACACAGGGUGUCUAAUCUAGUGGAGCCUGGCAGUGUGGACUCGGAGGGCAGCGUGUCUGCGUCAGUAGCCCUGAUGGAGGCCAGUGGGUACCAGUCUAUAGAGGAGUGGCUGAAGGGGAUUAAGAUGGGUCGCUACGUGGAGCUUUUCGUGGACAGUGGAUACACCUCAGUGGAAGUGGUAUCCCACAUGACCCUGGAUGACCUGAGGAGGGUUGGGGUGAAUCUGGCUGGACAUCAGAAGAAGAUAAUCAACAGCAUCCAGGAGAUGAGAGUUAGCCUGGUGAAUAACACUAUACCCAUCUGACUUCUAACCCCUUACCCUACAGCCAGAUGUACAGUAUGGGCACUGCAGUACCAAUCUGACCUUUGAACCUAGGGUCAGACAUGAUGAACUUUACAGGACCAAUCUGACCACUGAUAGAGGCCAGAUGUAUGAACUUUACAGGAUCAAUUUGACCCUACUCCCAACAGGCAGACAGAUAGACAUAUGGAUCUAGUGGUCUAGAACCUUCUAUGAACAUAUGAACAUGAUGUAUUUAUUGACGGAAACAAACUGAAACACAACGGGAUGUGACUUGAUGAACUGAGGAACACUGAAGAGCGCUUGGUGUUGAACAGUUGUGUCUUUGGGACCUGAACCCCUCUACUGGGUGGAGUGAGAGGAGCAGACUCUGUGUAGUUAAGUACUCUCAGGGAUGGAAGUCACUGGCCAGCCGGGCAAGUAAACAGUGAAUUAUACAAGCCCAGGUAAAAUUCGGUUCCAAAAUCUGUGCCAUGAAAUGUUUUAAAAGACCAUCUUGUUUGGCACAUUUUCUCCUAGUCCAGUCUGAAGAGCGCUAGCUGAGUACUCUUCCUGAAUACUCUUCCUGAGUACUCUUCCUGGAUGGGACUCAGACAGGGGAGUCAGUCUCUUGGCUGAAUGUAUGGCACUUCAGAAACCCCAGCAGCUACACACACAGUCUAUUACCUCUAGACAGCCAACCCACAUUACUUCAACAUCAUCAACAGUAAUACAGAGGAUCACUUUCAGCACUUUUACGGAACCCACAGAUAUCCUACAGAACCCACAGAUGUCCUACAGAACCCACAGAUGUCCUACAGAACCCACAGAUGUCCUACAGAACCCACAGAUGUCCUACUGAACCCACAGAUAUCCUACAGAACCCACAGAUAUCCUACAGAACCCACAGAUGUCCUACAGAACCCACUGAUGUCCUACAGAACCCACAGAUAUCCUACAGAACCCACAGAUAUCCUACAGAACCCACAGAUGUCCUACAGAACCCACAGAUAUCCUACAGAACCCACAGAUAUCCUACAGAACCCACAGAUAUCCUACAGAACCCACAGAUAUCCUACAGAACCCACAGAUGUCCUACAGAACCCACAGAUAUCCUACAGAACCCACAGAUAUCCUACAGAACCCACAGAUAUCCUACAGAACCCACAGAUGUCCUACAGAACCCACAGAUGUCCUACUGAACCCACAGAUAUCCUACAGAACCCACAGAUAUCCUACAGAACCCACAGAUGUCCUACAGAACCCACAGAUAUCCUACAGAACCCACAGAUGUCCUACAGAACCCACAGAUAUCCUACAGAACCCACAGAUAUCCUACAGAACCCACAGAUGUCCUACUGAACCCACAGAUAUCCUACAGAACCCACAGAUAUCCUACAGAACCCACAGAUGUCCUACAGAACCCACAGAUGUCCUACUGAACCCACAGAUAUCCUACUGAACCCACAGAUAUCCUACAGAACCCACAGAUGUCCUACAGAACCCACAGAUGUCCUACUGAACCCACAGAUGUCCUACUGAACCCACAGAUAUCCUACAGAACCCACAGAUAUCCUACAGAACCCACAGAUGUCCUACAGAACCCACAGAUGUCCUACUGAACCCACAGAUAUCCUACUGAACCCACAGAUAUCCUACAGAACCCACAGAUGUCCUACAGAACCCACAGAUGUCCUACUGAACCCACAGAUGUCCUACUGAACCCACAGAUGUCCUACUGAACCCACAGAUGUCCUACAGAACCCACAGAUAUCCUACAGAACCCACAGAUGUCCUACUGAACCCACAGAUGUCCUACUGACAUCCUGCAGUAUCUACAAACAUCCUUAAGAACUUGCAGACAAACUACGGAACCAGCUGCACUCCAACAGAAAAACGACUGUUUCAACGGAAUCAGACAGAAUUGUACAGAACUUCCAGUGUUCCAUUGCUCCACAUGCAUCCAAUGGAGAGACUGCAACAUGUUCUAUUCAUCAGAACCUUCAGACAACCAACAGAACCUCCAGGAACCUACCAGAACAUCCAUACUUCCAACAGAACCUUUAAAUGGAACUCUCAGCAAUCCAUACGAAUCUCCAGAAUUGUCAUUCAACAGAACAUACCAAUAGAACCAAUCCGGCAGAUUCUACAACAUCUAACAGCACAUUCUAUUGAUUCGCUAGUUGGUUAUCUAUGAGACUCUCCUCUGCACAUCAAGCUUCAUCACACCCCCUCCAUUUAUCCACUACCAUACAGAGAUCGGACUGUGUUUAUGCAGUAAGACUGCUUUCAUAUGAAUAUGCGUAUAAAGAAGCAAUAUAGACUUUUAGCUUGGUAUUAGUCAUUUAUUUGUAAAUGUUAUUCUAUACAAGCAUUUGUAUGUGUGUAGUAUUUCUUCAUGACUACACAACCCUGGCCAUGACCCCACUCUCCGAUGGUGUCUCAGGGGGAGUGGGAUAUGCAAAAACACAUUUACAAUUCACACAUGUAUAAUACACACGGGUACAUGUGUGAAAUAGGACAAAUGUAAUCACCCACCUAAUUCUUCUUCUUCGUGUUAUACAUGUCGUAGGAGGUCACGCAUUAUUAUAAAGCAAGUCUCCGGUCAGAAUCAAAUCCACAACCGUCAGUCCGUGGAACAUUUCUUGACUUUAACAUGUAUAUACUGGAUUGUAAAACCAGGGAGCUUUGUUUUCUCUCCUUCUUCUUUACGCUGGAGAACAUUACAUACUGGGACUGGGUUAAUGGAGAGAAUAUGUACACUCUUAGAAAAAAGGGUUCUUUGGCUGUCCCCAUAAGAGAACCCUUUGAAAACCCCUUUUGGGUUCCAUGUAGAACCCUGUGUGUAGGGGUUUUCCUAUAAGGACAGCUGAAGAACCGUUUAGAGUGUAGAGUAUGUGAUUUAAUAGAUGCUUCACUUCUCAGUCAUUUAUUGGUUGAACUUGAGCAUUUUACAGUCAUGUGCACAUAACUUCUGCUUAAUGAUCAAUGAUUACUGUAUCUGCGUUCAUUAUGGGAUGUAUUUUCAUUUGCAUUUAUUUAACUGGGCAAGUCAGUUAACAACAUAUUCUUAUUUACAAUGACGGCCUAGGAACAGUGGGUUAACUGCCUUGUUUUGGGGUAGAAUGACAGAUUUUUACCUUGUCAGCUCGGGUGAAUCGAUCUUGCAACCUUUCAGUUACUGUCCCAACCCUCUAACCACUAGGCUACCUGUCGCACCCCGGCUACCUGUCGCACCCCGGCUACCUGUCGCACUCCGGCUACCUGUCGCACUCCGGCUACCUGUCGCACCCCGGCUACCUGUCGCACUCCGGCUACCUGUCGCACUCCGGCUACCUGUCGCACCACGGCUACCUGUCGCACCCCGGCUACCUGUCGCACCCCGGCUACCUGUCGCGCCACCCCGGCUACCUGUCGCGCCACCCCGGCUACCUGUCGCACCACCCCGGCUACCUGUCGCACCACCCCGGCUACCUGUCGCACCACCCCGGCUACCUGUCGCACCACCCCGGCUACCUGUCGCACCCCGGCUACCUGUCGCACCCCGGCUACCUGUCGCACCCCGGCUACCUGUCGCACCCCGGCUACCUGUCGCACCCCGGCUACCUGUCGCACCCCGGCUACCUGUCGCACCACGGCUACCUGUCGCACCCCGGCUACCUGUCGCACCACCCCGGCUACCUGUCGCACCCCGGCUACCUGUCGCACCCCAGCUACCUGUCGCCCCCGACACUGCUGUAGUGUUUGACAGAGAAUGAAGAGGGGUUUACAGUAUACGAGUCAGUCAGUAGAACAGACUAACAGCUUGCUUGGUGGAAUAUUUGUCCUUAUUUCAGAAGUAGAUUUUAGAAAGAGAACAGGAUGGUAGCGUAACAUGAUUCAGUCACCACUGUAUAUUAUUGGCUUUUCAGUAGAAGAAACCUAUCCCCAAAUCACCCUAUUGUCUGUAUAGUGGACUGCUUUUGAAAUGGUCGAUCCAUAUUUUGAAUGUCCCUUUUCCCCCAGAACAGAUACAGGUGAAAGACCAGCUAUUUAUUCUGUUGAUUCAUGGUUUACAGCUUAUACAGUAACUAAUUACCACUAAAGUUGUCCCCUUUCUAGGUUAUGCCAUCAUGGUUCGUUAGGUGAGUUUCACCGGUAUGCACCUUGCUUUCACCCAACAAAGCACCUUGCUUUCACCCAACAAAGCACCUUGGUUUCACCCAACAAAGCACCUUGGUUUCACCCAACAAAGCACCUUGCUUUCACCCAACAAAGCACCUUGCUUUCACCCAACAAAGCACCUUGCUUUCACCCAACAAAGCACCUUGCUUUCACCCAACAAAGCACCUUGCUUUCACCCAACAAAGCACCUUGGUUUCACCCAACAAAGCACCUUGCUUUCACCCAACAAAGCACCUUGCUUUCACCCAACAAAACACCUUGGUUUCACCCAACAAAGCACCUUGCUUUCACCCAACAAAGCACCUUGGUAUUAACCAACAAAGCACAUUGGUUUCAACCAACAAAGCACCUUGGUAUCAACCAACAUAGCACCUUGGUUUCACCCAACAAAGCACCUUGGUUUCACCCAACAAAGCACCUUGGUUUCACCCAACAAAGCACCUUGGUAUCAACCAACAAAGCACCUUGGUAUUAACCAACAAAGCACCUUGGUUUCAACCAAUAUAGCACCUUGGUAUUAACCAACAUAGCACCUUGAUAUCAACCAACAUAGCACAUUGGUAUCAAAAAUGACUAGUUUAUCCUGAAACUAAUUUGAGUUGCACUUUGAAGGAAACAACAUAUUAAUAUUUUAUGUGAUUGAAUAAAUGUACAAAACACACCUGUUUGUCAACUAUUUGUUGGGUGAUUGCCACGUGGUGUUAAGAUUUCGAUAUUUAGCCGAUUUUCGCUAUCACUUUACCAUGAGAUAUUCUUAUAGGUACCUUAAAGUCAGUUAUUACCAUUCUCCUAUUGGUAUUCUACAAAACUAUUGAUUGACCCGAAUGUGUUUUAGGUCUUAAAUGGAAAAACAAGCACCAUGCUAAAUGUUAUGUUGAUUCUGUGUGGAUAUUUUAAAGCAUGUUUUUGUUCUACAUUUGCAAGAAAACUCUGUCCCCUUUACUGAGGGUAGUCUACAGUAUGGUCAUCUUUCAGGAAACACAAAGGCCCUGUUUUAGUGCCCGACUUCACAAAGGCCCUGUUUUAGUGCCCGACUUCACAAAGGCCCUGUUUUAGUGCCCGACUUCACAAAGGCCCUGUUUUAGUGUCCGACUUCACAAAGGCCCUGUUUUAGUGUCCGACUUCACAAAGCACAAGUCUUUCAGACGGAAUCAUAGAAUAAUAUAUAUAGGAUAUAAUAUGGAUUCCUGUACGGUAGCCUAAGGCUAAUAAUACAGACUAAUCAACUGACAUGAUCAACAUGUGAAAACUCUAUGUGUUGAUCUGCUGGUUUUGUGUUGUUAAUUGAUGAUGUCUGUCGGCAUAAGACCAUAGCAGUUAGUUGUAGUUGAAGUUACCUGGAAUAGCCUGGUGAAACGAUGUGCUUCAUUUACGCACUUUUAAACACUGUGCUUCCUUCAGGGUUACAGAUGUAUAUUCAGUGCAUAUCAUUUUCAAACCACUGACACACAUACAGUGUAUAGCCUGAGUGCCAGUUUGUUUGUGCUAUCAUGCCAACUCCUUGUCACUCGUUGUUUGUCUGACAUUGACAGCAAGGACACAAACAGAUCUGGGACCAGGCUAACACAUACAAAGCAUUACAGAUUUACAGAACUGAGUCCAUUCUACCCAACAGCUCAAACAGCAGACUAGUGAAAUAUUGAGCCAACAAGAAUUAACUUUAAUUACUGUAUCACUGCUCACACCGUACUUAUAUAGCAACUAGGCUGUAUCUGUUGUACAAAUAUAGAUAUUUUAGCUAUCUUGUAUUCUUUGUCCUUCAGUAGACGACAGUGAUAUUUAUUUAUAUAAAAUUACAUGACUCUACAGCCCAAGCUGCUGAGUAGUGACACAGUAUCUGUUUGGUUUUACAAGUGUUUCAAAUCGUGUCCCGCAUUAAUUAAUUACAGUGUUUCAAUUCAUUAAAUAAUUCACCCAUUCAUAAGGUGUUAAUUGAUCAAUUAAGUAAAACAAUGAAAGCGCAUUUAAAAAGCUGUUUACUAUUUGUUUGUCUUCUUCCAGUUGUUGUUGUUGUUGUUGUUGUUGUUAGUAAAUGUUUUUGUAGUGUAAUAUAUAAAAUGUUAUAUUUUUGCAAUAAAAUGAAAACAUCAACUCUUCCUA